GUUGCGUACAGUGACGUCAGUCGUCUUCAUCUCAGCUUCUUUUUUCGGAGGAAAACAAAGCCAGUUAGCAUUUCGAGUCGCCGAAUUAGCAUCGGGAAUUAGUGCUGCUACUCGAUUUUCAACUUUACACCAAACGAAGACAGAGAAAUCUUACGGCACGGCGGCUGUUUCCCUCUUGGCAGUGGCGAGUUUGAAGGUCCAUCAGCGCUCCUAAUGAUACAGCAGCAUUAACACUUCACCCAUACUUCCCCAGGAUGGCUAGUUGUGGCGAGGUAGACCACUCUGUUAGCUCGCUUCCAUCCAGUAAGAAAGGCAGUAGCAGCGGAGGUGGAAGUGGGAACAGUGCAGAAUCGUCAUGUUCUGGCUCCAGCAACUCGUCCCCGGCCCUGCCAGUACCAGAGUGCGCCAUCUGUCUGCAGAGUUGCGUCCACCCAGUGCAGCUGCCGUGCCGUCACGUUUUCUGCUUCCUUUGUGUAAAGGGAGCGUCCUGGCAGAGCAAGCGCUGUGCCCUCUGCAGACAGGAAGUGCCGGAGGACUUCCUGGAAAGGCCCACACUUCUCUCCCCUGAGGAGCUGAAGGCUUCAGCUGGAGGUCGGGGUGGGGCAGCAGGUGAUCACGCCUGGUACUAUGAGGGGCGUAAUGGUUGGUGGCAGUAUGAUGAGCGCACCAGCCGUGAGUUGGAGGACGCUUUCUCCAAAGGCAAGAAGACUGCCGAGAUGCUGAUCGCCGGCUUUCUGUAUGUAGCUGACCUGGAGAACAUGGUUCAGUACAGGCGUAACGAGCAUGGUCGUAGACGCAAGAUGAAGAGGGACGUUGUGGAUAUCCCCAAGAAGGGGGUGGCGGGACUGCGUUUGGACACAGAUGGCAGCACUGCGGCUGUCGGGGCAGCAGGCCGAGAGAACUCAGCUGAUGGGGCAGAUACCGUAGCUGCAGGUGCACAGCAGCAGGUCACAGGUAUCCCUUCUACUGCUGCAGCCCCUCCAACCACUGCCAGGCCUCCCACCUCUCUGGGAGGCCAGCCUGGCAGCAGUAGCCCCUCUCUGGAGGAUGCUCUCUCUCAGCUGCAAAUUAGUCCUAGGCCCACACCUUCCCAGGAGAGGUCUGAGGCUGGGGAAGGAGAGGAGGAAGAAGAGGAGGAGGCAUCACCCUCCAGGUCCUCAGACCCUCACACCUCUGUGGACGAAUCUGGCUCUGGAGAUUGGAGCGAUGAUGAGGAAGAAGAGGAUGAAGAGGAGGAGGGUGGUGAUGGGGAGCGUGUGGAGCCCUGGGAUGAGAGGCCAAGGAGGCAAAGACUGAACCCAGAGGACAGAGCCCCUCCUGGGGCAGAGUCCUCAACCUCUCCUGUUUCCUCAUCCAGUAGCAAUGGAAGGUCCAGAAUGCCCGAUGGCCAGUGUACAGUGACUGAAGUGUGAAAUGAAUUUAUCAUCAGUACCAUCACCACCAAAUGGCUGUGCUCCAUUCCAUUAAUUUAUUCCUCAAUAUAUGCUGUUGUUCACUCCCUGUCACAGAUCUGAUGUGGGUGGCUUGCCUGGUACUGGAGAAAUGAGGCAUGGCACUCUCAAUAACAAUUAAUAGCUCGCUAUUAGAGUAAAACAUGAUUUUAGUCAGUUUUUAGUGGUUGAGUUUUGUGCCUCAUUUUGACAAUUUUGAUAAUUUGGUUUGUCAGUUUCUUCCUUGUCUAGUCUAGUUCAUUCCCAGCCACUUCAGUUCAGGUUGGGUUUCAGAGUGUUCUAAGGUACAUUUUAGCAGAAAACAUCAGGUGGGUGUGGCAUGUCAGCCCCGGAAACUCAGCCUCAUAGUUGUCCAUCCAACACAAAGUAUGAAGCAGCUGUUACAGGCUUGUGUUCAGCUGGCAUAUGUGCUGCCCCUCUGCGUACGUGCAGCCAAUUAGCAGGCAUAUUCAGUAUGUCUUUUGAAAUUUAAGAAAGUAAAAUAAGUCACCAACCUGCUUCUGCCCAUUUAGGUCAUCCGUGUCUUAAAAUGUGUGAUCCUGAGGGCUUUAAGGAAUCCCAGCCUAGAUCUGUGACAUGUAGUGAAGGAAGGUACAAAUGGGGAAGUUACUUGGUGAAAUGGAACUUGGUCAUUGUCAUGAUUAUGAACGUCUGCACUCUAAUCUACAGUUUAACUCUCUCAGCUAACAUAGCAUUCAGAAACGUCCCUCAAGAGCUCAACUCAUCUGACUCCUGUCCAAAAGAGUAAUAUGGCGAAAACCCACUUCCCCACCUCCACCCACCUGAAUAAAAAGAUCUUGUUCCAGAUUCAACUGAUUAUAAAGCCUUUCUUUUGGAAUUUGGAAGCUAGUUCAUGACUGUUAACUUGCUGAAAUGUAUUGUUUCUGGGUAGAUGGUGGUUGGUUGAAAAAAUUCUUCUGGUUGUUUGUCCCCUUAAAGAAAGUGAACCAGGAAUAUUUAAUGACCAAGUUGUGAUUCAAAUGGUAUAACUCACUGUAUUGGUUUGUUGAUUCAGGACCAGCAAACUCUUGAGCUAAGUAGAUAUGGCAAGCUCCUACUUUAUGUUUCAUAACAAAGUCUGUGAGCAGAAACCCACAAGGUCAUGUGGCUGCUGGCUUCGGGUUUGUCUUAGAUCUGAUUUCAAUUAACCUGCAGCUUUUCCAGUAUCUAAUUAAGAAUUCAGUGGAGAAUUUUAUUUAAAAUGAUGCUCACAAUAGAAUUGCGCAUCAAUUCUAUUUUAACGUUUUCUGGCUCAACUGAAAAUUGGCUUUUUAAAUGUGAUGUAAUUCAGUGUUUUCUUCUAAAGCUGUCGGGGUCUCUGGAACCUCCUAAGUGUUUUUACUGUCCCUGACUGAAGUAUUCUCAAUUAGUGUGUUUCUAAAGCUUCAUGAUUUGCGCAUGUGUUUGAAGAGAGAGUUAUUUAACACUACUGGGUGGGACGACGUUGAGAAUUGAUAUUUUUGGGUUUAGUUUAAGUAAAUGUUUGUAUUUUAUGUUCUUGCUUUUCUUCUAACUGUAAAUCCUGUCUUGUGUCAAAUGUCUGAGGCAGUAAGAGAAGAACACGCCAUCGGUAUUGACCGUCUCCUGCAGAAAUUAUGUUAUUUUUUACAUUUCUUACCGGCUUACAUCAUCGUUUAACUCAGCAGCUCAGUUUUAGACUUCUCAUUCUGAAAAAUAAAAAAUUUUGCUUGGCAACCUUUUUGUUACAUGGUUUGUAAUUUAAGAAUAAAUUGUCAUUUCAUCAUCCUAAAAGGA